AAAUUAUAAACGAAGUGAAAGUGAAUUAAGUGCAGAAAAUUAAAAGUACUUACUGAGCUUGAUUUAUAGGAACAAAAAUGGAUCCGGCACUAUUACGGGAACGGGAGGCUUUUAAAAAAAAGGCACUUGCAACUCCUAGCAUAGAAAAGAAGAAGACAAAAGAUGACUCACAGACAAAAGAUGACAGUAAGAAAAAAUCUAAAUCAAGCAGCUCGGCCAGCACUGGCCCCAAGCUGGAUGCUUCUAAUUACAAAACCAUGGCGGGCAGUUCAUCCUACCGGUUUGGAGUCUUGGCAAGGAUCGUAAGACACAUGAGGUCUAGGCACCAAGAAGGUGAUGAUCAUCCCCUCACAUUGGAUGAGGUUCUAGAUGAAACAAACCAACUGGAUGUCGGCAAUAAAGUUAAACAAUGGCUCCAAACAGAAGCAUUACAAAAUAAUCCAAAAAUAGAAUGUACGCUCGAUGGGAAAUACAUUUUCAAGCCAGUAUAUAAAAUCAAAGACAAGAAAUCAUUGCUUAGGUUGCUAAAACAACAGGAUCUCAAAGGAUUAGGUGGAAUUCUACUGGAAGAUGUCCAGGAAUCAUUGCCUCACUGUGAGAGGGCAUUGAAAAGUUUAGCACAAGAAAUAUUAUACAUUUCAAGGCCAACAGACAAGAAGAAAAUAUUGUUUUACAAUGAUAAGACUGCCACUUUAGAUGUAGACGAAGAGUUCGUGAAGUUAUGGCGGGCGACGGCCGUAGACGCAAUGGAUGACGCCAAAAUUGAGGAGUAUUUAGAAAAACAAGGUAUCAAAUCUAUGCAGGACCACGGGCCGAGGAAACCUAUUGCCCCGAAAAGGAAGAAGGCGGCUCAGAGAAGAAGACAGUUCAAGAAACCGAGGGAUAAUGAGCAUUUGGCUGAUGUUUUGGAGACAUAUGAGGAUAACACGUUAACACAGAAAGGAGUUUCAAUAAAAUAAGUUUAAGAAUAAGUCAUAGUUAAGAACAAUAAAGUUAAGAAA